UUCGAUGACAGCGUUGACUGUUGAAAUGGAAGGAAAUCUUACGAAUCCCACCGACCUCCCCUCCCUCUCUCCGACGCUAUAUAACUCCCCCUCUGUCUCUCCUUCUCUAACAUCAUCAAACACCACAAAAUACACAACCUAAAUUACAUACCCACAAAAAACAUGUCAACCAUGCACAAGAGCAGUUCAGGAUCAGCACUGGGUCCGGGAGGCCUGGACUUAACCCAAGCCUUCUUCAAGCCCAUCUCCCGCGCCGACCCACCUUCCCCCACCAAGCGCCAUACCAAAAUCUCCGUCGUCGGCGCCGGCAACGUCGGCAUGGCCAUCGCCCAAACCAUCUUAACCCAAGACGUCGCCGAUGAGCUCGUCAUUGUCGACGUCAACCCCAACAAGCUCCGCGGCGAGAUGCUCGAUCUCCAGCACGCCGCCGCCUUCCUUCCCCGCACCAAAAUCAUGGCCUCCGUUGACUACGCCGUUACCGUCGGCUCCGACCUGUGUAUUGUCACCGCCGGCGCCCGCCAGAACCCCGGAGAGUCCAGGCUGAACCUCCUCCAGAGGAACGUAUCUCUGUUUCGAAAUAUCAUACCGCCGCUUGUCAAGUACUCACCGGACACCAUCUUGCUGAUCGUGUCCAACCCUGUUGAUGUCUUGACUUACGUGGCCUGGAAGCUAUCAGGGCUUCCCAGCAACCGGGUUAUCGGGUCGGGCACCAACCUCGAUUCCUCCAGGUUCCGCUUCCUCAUCGCCGAUCAUCUUGACGUUAACGCCCAAGAUGUGCAGGCUUACAUAGUUGGGGAGCACGGUGACAGCUCCGUGGCGCUGUGGUCGAGCAUAAGCGUAGGGGGAGUGCCGGUGUUGAACUUCCUAGAAAAACAGCAAAUAGCCUAUGAGAAAGAGACACUAGAAAACAUUCACAAGGCAGUUGUGGAGAGUGCUUACGAAGUGAUAAGUCUGAAAGGGUAUACUUCAUGGGCAAUUGGCUACUCCGCCGCCAACCUGGCUCGGAGCAUACUGAGGGACCAGAGGAAGAUCCACCCUGUGUCGGUACUCGCCAAGGGCUUCUACGGAGUGGAAGGAGGGGACGUGUUCUUGAGCCUGCCUGCGCAGCUUGGGAGGGGCGGGGUGUUGGGCGUGGCCAAUAUACAUCUCACUGAUGAGGAGGCACAGAGGCUGAGGGACUCUGCUAACACCAUUUUGGAGGUCCAAGCUCAGUUGAACUUGGGAAUAUGAUCCAAAUAAAUUAUUAUCACCUAAUUAUUUUUGAUAUAGUAUUCUCUCUAUAUAGGGCAUAGCUAUAGCCUCUAUGAGAGAAUGCGAUGGGUUCUUAAUUUUCCAUUCUGUUCAGUUCGCUAAUUUUGGUCUAAUUAUUGGAAAGUGAUUUACUGAAAUUGAAAAUAAUUAAAUAAACAAAAACAUAAGGCAAGCUUUGGAAUUUUGAGCAUCAAUCAUCAAUGGAAAGAAUCAUUAAUUACAACUGAUCAUAUUUUUUUUGGGA